CAACCAUCUCGAGAAACAGCAACGCACCUCAUCGUGACUUCUCCUUGCACAGUCGCAGCAUCGUAGGAGGCACAACAAUGCCUGUCUCUGUGCUUGGAAAGCGAAACCGCCAGUGUAUUGAUACAGCAGAUGAACCCGUCUGCACGCGGUCGAAAAGGCGUGUACUGGAGCGCCAGCUGAAUGAUGAGAAUCGGAACCCUUUCGCAGCCAAGGGAGAUCAUGAUGGCGAAGAUAGAACUGCAGUAGACGAGCCUUUAACGCGCGGGAGGAGAAAGCGCGCUCUACCUGCAGAGCAUACCUCGCCAGAAAGCCGGAAGGUGCUUUCUCCCACCAAGAUUACCAAGCAUUUUCAAGUGUCCAAGCCUAGCGUAGACAUCUAUCAAGACGGCAAGGAAGAUUUUGAGCCUCAGACGCCCAGACAGCGCGAUGCACUCUCGAAGAAGGUUCCCAUCACGCCUCGACACAGAGUGCUGCUUCCUGGAAACCCGGGGACGCCCAAGACUCCAGUCACGCCCUCUGCGACUGCAACUUUGGUAUACAACCAGGCCAGGAAGCUGUUUUCGCGAUGCAGCCACCCCGGCAAGCUAGUUGGACGCGACACCGAGCGGCAAGAGCUCUCUGCUUUCAUCGAGCAGUCACUGCAGUCGCACACGGGAGGCUCUCUCUAUGUCUCAGGACCACCUGGAACUGGUAAAAGCGCGCUCGUGGACGAGGUGCGUCAGCAACUCGCAAACGCGGAGAAUGUCUCGACCUCCGUCGUGAACUGCAUGAGUAUACGGAAUGCCAAAGAUCUUACUCAGAAGCUGUCAGAGGACCUGGCUCUCGAACCUGGUACCGGUUCCGAGCAUCUACGGUUGUGCUUCAGUGGUGGAAAGCUCAGUGGCGCAGCGUACCUAGUCAUUCUCGACGAAGUCGACCGAUUGGCUGAUCUAGAUAUCGAACUCUUGUACAGCUUGUUCGAAUGGUCUAUGCUACCCUCCUCACGACUUACUCUCAUCGGCAUCGCCAAUGCCCUUGACCUGACCGAUCGGUUCCUGCCACGACUGAAGAGCCGCAAUCUGAAGCCCGAGCUCUUGCCGUUCAUGCCAUACACUGCAGCGCAAAUUGCAGAGGUCUUGACCGCAAAGCUGAAGUCGCUGGCCCCUGAACCGUCACCAACGCUGCCCUUCUUACACCCGGCGGCCGUUCAAUUCUGCGCAAAGAAAGUGGCAGCGCAAACCGGCGACCUGCGCAAAGCGUUCGACAUUUGCAGGCGAGCGAUCGAUCUCGUCGAGCAAGAAGAACGACAAAAGCUCGCCGAUACCGGUCUACCAAACAGUCCGUCGAAAACGCCACUCAUGGAGAACAUCAAUCUCUCCUCGCCACCUACGCCACGAUCGCCGGCAAAGAGCCCGAGCAAAGGACCAGCAGUCAUGCCGUACACCAUAGAGACGGCACCUAAGGCCACCAUCGCACAAAUGGCUAAAGUCACGGCCCAGGUGUUCGGCAACGGUACCACACAACGUCUAGCCGUGCUUAACCUGCAGCAGAAAGCCGUUCUGUGCUCACUAGCAGCGCUCGAAAAGCGGAAACGCGACACCCAAGUCGAACGCACCAUCUUCGCCACACCAUCCAAGCACAACGGCUCUGCGCCGAGCAUUAGGCAGCUAUUCGAAGCUUAUGGCAAUCUCUGCAAGCGCGAGAAGCUGCUGCAGCCGCUUUCGAGCGUUGAGUUCCGGGAUGUGGUGUCCGGGCUUGAAACGCUGAGUUUGAUCUCGGGCGCUGACGGCAAGACUGGCAGCUUUGCGAUGCCCAUCACGCCGUCGAGGACGCCGAGUCGGAAAGCCAGGGGUGGAUUUGGGGCGACGUUUGUGGGUGAUGAGAGGAGGGUGGCGAGCGUUGUUGCGUAUCAGGAGCUUAGUGCUGCGCUUGAGGGCGUGGGUGGUGAGCUGUUGAAGGAGAUUCUUAAUGGUGACGAUCUGCUGUAAUGACGCUCUUUGGAUGUGAAUGAGAGGUUGGCUUGUAUGAGCAGCGAGUGCUUGCCUGCAUGGCCGGAAACGGUUGGGUAUCGCGCAUAGAUGAGCGUAGUACGCUGUACGCAACGAAGAAUUUAUCAUAGCAAUCUCGGUG